AGGCGUGUGGGGCGCGCAGAGACUCGCGCGCGCCGUCUGCGAUGCCCCGGGACGGCGUUCCUGCGGGGAGAACCAACCCGGCGGCAGCCCGGGCUGUCGCGCCGAGCUCGGAUUCCGCGACUGCCGGAGCACCGCAGGUGUCUGACCCGCUGAAGCGCUUUGUGUUAUUCUUGGAAAAUUUCGCACCACUUGUGAAUUCCUUGAACCUGGGCAUUGCAAACCCACUUCUGUUGGGCCCAUCUCCUUUGCACUUUGCUCAGAUUAAGACUCAGUUGGCGCUUCAGCAGCUGAAUGCCGUUGCCUCACAUGGUUCAACACCACCUUAUACUUUAUUAAAUCAGGCUUUCUUGAAAAUAGCCAUGUCGAGACCCAGGUUUAAUCCUCGAGGAGACUUUCCACUUCAAAGGCCACGAGCACCUAACCCUUCUGGGAUGAGGCCUCCAGGACCAUUUAUGAGGCCUGGAUCUAUGGGUCUCCCAAGAUUUUACCCAGCAGGGAGAGCCCGUGGAAUUCCACACAGAUUUGCUGGCCAUGAAUCUUAUCAGAACAUGGGACCACAGAGAAUGAAUGUUCAGGUAACUCAACACAGAACUGAUCCAAGAUUGACCAAAGAAAAACUGGAUUUUCAUGAAGCACAACAGAAGAAGGGGAAGCCUCACGGUAGCCGGUGGGAUGAUGAGCCUCAUAUAUCUGCAUCAGUGGCAGUGAAACAGAGUUCCAUAACACAGGUUACAGAGCAGAGUCCCAAAGUACAGAGCCGCUAUACUAAAGAGAGUGCCUCAAGUAUCUUAGCAAGUUUUGGAUUAUCUAAUGAAGACCUAGAAGAACUUAGUCGCUAUCCUGAUGAACAACUAACUCCGGAAAAUAUGCCAUUAAUUUUGAGGGAUAUAAGAAUGCGAAAAAUGGGGCGCAGAUUACCUAAUUUACCUUCUCAGAGCAGAAAUAAAGAAACACUUGGUAGUGAAGCAGUUUCAAGUAAUGUGAUUGAUUAUGGGCAUGCAAGCAAAUAUGGCUACACAGAAGAUCCACUUGAAGUACGUAUUUAUGAUCCUGAAAUUCCAACUGAUGAGGUUGAGAAUGAAUUUCAGUCACAGCAGAGCAUUUCUGCAUCUGUUCCCAAUCCAAAUGUGAUAUGUAAUUCUAUGUUUCCUGUUGAAGAUGUAUUUCACCAAAUGGACUUCCCUGGUGAGUCCUCCAAUAAUCGGUCCUUUUUCCCAGUUGAGAGUGGAACCAAGAUGUCAGGCUUACACAUUUCGGGAGGACAGUCAGUCCUUGAACCUAUAAAAUCUGUCAACCAAUCCAUUAACCAAACAGUUAGCCAGACAAUGAAUCAAUCCCUGAUUCCUCCGUCUAUGAACCAGCAACCAUUUUCGUCAGAAUUAAUUUCAACUGUAAGCCAACAAGAGCGGAUCCCACAUGAGCCUGUGAUUAAUUCAUCUAAUGUACAUGUUGGAUCAAGAGGAAGUAAAAAGAAUUAUCAGUCACAGACUGACAUUCCCAUUCGGUCUCCCUUUGGUAUUGUGAAAGCAUCCUGGCUACCAAAAUUUUCACAUGCUGAUGCCCAGAAAAUGAAGAGACUUCCAACUCCUUCUAUGAUGAAUGAUUAUUAUGCAGCGUCUCCAAGAAUAUUUCCACAUUUGUGUUCUCUGUGUAACGUAGAAUGUAGUCAUUUGAAGGAUUGGAUUCAGCAUCAAAAUACGUCUACUCAUAUUGAGAGCUGUCGACAGUUACGUCAACAGUAUCCUGAUUGGAAUCCUGAGAUCCUUCCAUCAAGAAGAAAUGAGGGUAAUAGAAAAGAAAAUGAAACUCCACGAAGACGUUCUCAUUCCCCCAGUCCUAGGCGUUCUAGAAGAUCAAGCUCAAGUCACAGAAUCCGUCGAUCUCGAAGCCCAAUGCGUUACAUGUAUAGACCAAGAAGUCGAAGUCCAAGAAUUUGCCAUCGUUUCAUUUCUAGAUACAGAUCCAGAUCCAGAUCCAGAUCCCGUUCACCAUAUCGAAUUAAAAAUCCAUUUAGGGGUAGUCCAAAAUGCUUUCGAUCAGCUAGCCCCGAAAGGAUAUCCAGGAGAUCAGUGAGAUCAUCAGAUAGGAAAAAGGCAUUAGAAGAUGUAGUACAACAACCUGGGCAUGGGACAGAAUUUAAUAAACAGAAGCAUCUUGAAGCUAUUGAUAAGGGACAUUCACCAGCACAAAAGCCUAAAACUGGCAGUGGAACAAAACCAUCAGUUAAAUCUACAAGUACUUCAAAGAGCGAUUCAAAUCUAGGAGGACAUUCUGUUCGUUGUAAAUCAAAGAAUCUUGAAGAUGAUACUUCGCCAGAAUGUAAACCAGUGUCUGAUAAAGCUGUUUCUCUCCAGCGAAAGCUUCGGAAAGAACAAUCAUUGCAUUGUGGUUCGGUUCUUCUUAUAUCUGAAUUACCAGAGGAUGGUUGUACUGAAGAAGAUGUUAGAAAAUUAUUUCAACCAUUUGGGAAAGUGAAUGAUGUCUUGAUUGUUCCAUAUAGAAAGGAGGCUUACCUAGAAAUGGAAUUUAAAGAGGCAAUUACUGCAAUUAUGAAGCACAUUGAAACAACACCUCUUAUGAUAAAAGGAAAAAAUGUGAAAAUAUGUGUUCCAGGAAAGAAAAAAGCACAGGUCCUCUUUAGAUUCCAGCAUGACACAUCAAACCAUACCAUGGCGUGGUUGGGACCCAGCCCAGUACCAGAGAUAAAGAAAAUGAACCUGCAGGAUCUACAGCCCCAGAUGAUGCAACUUCCUUCGAAGACACAAGAUCUGGACCUUACCUGGGGGAUGCUGAAGAAGGCAGCUUACGAGGCUGAGCAAAUCCUGCUCCAGAUGCAGAAACCAUUCACUCCAGAUAAUUUCUUCCUUGCUAUGCCCUCUAUUGUACAAUACAACUCACAUAGGAACAAAGAGGUGAAGAAAAAGGCUUUAGAGUCAAAGAAAGUAUCUGCAUCUACCUUAAAAAGAGAUACAGAUGCUUCAAAAGCUGUUGAAAUUGUUACUUCAGCUUCUGCUGCCAAAACUGGACAAACCAAGGCAUCUGUAGCCAAAGUAAACAAAUCUGCAGGGAAAUCAGCAAGUUCUGUAAAAUCUGUGGUAACAGUAGCUGCUAAAGGUAAUAAAGCUUCAAUCAAAACAGCAAAAUCUGGUGGAAAGAAGUCUCUAGAAGCCAAAAAGACUGGAAAUGUCAAAAACAAAGACUCUAACAAACCUGCUACUGUACCAGAAAACUCUGAAGUAAAGACCAGUAUGGAAGCCAAAGCCACUGAAAACUGUGCUAAAGAAGUUGUUUCUGAAGCUGCUUUGGAGACCACAGAAAAUGAACCAGUUAGCAAGGAAACAGAAGAAAUGUGUGUGAUGCUUAUCUCUAAUUUGCCUAAUAAAGGAUAUUCUACAGAAGAAGUUUGUGACUUAGCAAAACCAUUUGGUGGCUUAAAGGACGUCUUGAUUUUCUCAUCUCAUAAAAAGGCAUAUAUAGAAAUAAAUAGAAAAGCUGCUGAGUCUAUGGUAAAAUUUUAUACCUGCUUCCCAGUAUUGAUGGAUGGAAAUCAACUCUCAAUAAGUAUGGCUCCUGAAAACAUGAAUGUAAAAGAUGAGGAAGCUAUAUUUACAACCUUGGUAAAAGAAAAUGACCCAGAGGCAAACAUAGAUACAAUUUAUGAUCGAUUUGUACAUCUUGAUAAUUUACCAGAAGAUGGACUUCAGUGUGUACUUUGUGUUGGACUUCAGUUUGGAAAAGUGGAUCACCAUGUAUUCAUAAGUAAUAAAAACAAGGCGAUUCUUCAGUUAGAUAGUCCUGAAUCUGCUCAGUCAAUGUACAGCUUUCUGAAACAAAAUCCACAAAACAUUGGUGACCAUAUAUUGACCUGUACAUUAUCUCCAAAGAUAGACUUACCAGAGGUGCAAACCGAGCAAGACCCAGAAUUAGAAAAAGAAAGCCCUCGCUUGAAAAACAAUCCAGUUGAUGAAAGUGAGGUCCAAACAGCAACUGAUAGUCCCUCUGUUAAACCUAAUGAGCUUGAAGAAGAAAGUACACCCAACAUGCAAACAGAAAUUUUGGUACAGCAGGAGGAACCUUGUGAGGAAGAACCUGAAAAAGCAACGUGUGAUUCUAACUUUGCUAUUGAAACAUUGGAGGUUGAAACUCAAGGGGAGGAGGUCAAAGAAGAAAUUGCUCUUGUAGCAUCCACUCCAGCCAGUAUUGAACUAUUCACUGAAAAUGCCGAGGAGUGUGCUUUAAAUCAGCAGGUGUAUAACAGCGACUUGGAGAAGAAAGAUGCAGGAAUUAUUAACCCUGAAACAGCAUUGUUACCAUCUGACGGUGUGUUUAUAGAAGAAAGGAACAUCAAAGGAGUUAUUGAAGAAUCUCCAUCUGAAGCAGAAGAUUUCUUUUCUGGAGUUACACAGUCUGUGGUAGAAGCUAUAGCCGAAGUAGAAAAACGUGAAACUGUUUCAGAAAUACUGCCAUCAGCUUGUAUUGUGCCAUUAGUACCAGGAGUUUCCACUGGGGAUGAGAAGACAGUGGGCAAAAAGAGUAUUUCUGAAAAAAAAAGUAACAUGGAUGAAAAGGAGGAGAAUGAAUUUAAUACUAAGGAAACCAGAAUGGAUCUUCAAAUAGGAAUAGAGAAGGCUGAAAAGAAUGAAGGUAGGAUGGUUGCAGAAAAGGUGGAAAAGAUUUUGGCAUCAGUGAAAGAAAAGCCUGCAGAAAAUACUUUAUUCAAGGCAUACCCAAAUAAAGGAGUGGGUCAGGCUAAUAAUCCUGAUGAAACUAGUAAGACUAGUAUUCUGGCAGUAUCCAAUGUAUCUAGCAAUAAAUCAAGCAUCAAGGCUGUUGUUGUCUCUUCUCCUAAAGCAAAAGCUACAGCUUCGAAAACUGAAAAUCAGAAAAGUUUUCUAAAAUCUGCGCUUAGAGAUCAAAUAAAUGCUGAAAAGAAACUUUCGGCCAAGGAAUUUGCUCUACUUAAACCUACAAGUGCCAGGUCAGGCUUGGCAGAAAACAGCAGUAAAUUGAAACCCACUCAGAGCAGUUUUACCAGAGGAGGCAGUGGAAAGAUCUCAGCCCUGCAAGGCAAGCUUUCUAAACUGGAUUACAGGGAUAUAACAAAACAAUCUCAGGAAACAGAAGCUAGACCUUCCAUCAUGAAGCGGGAUGACAGCAACAAUAAGACUUUAGCUGGACAAAACACUAAGAAUUCUAAAAGUGCCGCUGGUAGAAGUUCCAAAUCUAAAGAGCAGGAACCAUUAUUUCCAUUUAAUUUGGAUGAAUUUGUUACUGUGGAUGAGGUUAUAGAAGAAGUGAAUCCUUCUCAAGCCAAGCAGAAUCCACUAAAGGGAAAAAAGAAAGAAGCUCUCAGAAAUGUUCCGUUCUCUGAACUUAACUUAAAGAAGAAAAAGGGGAAAACUUCAGCCCCUCGUGGUGUUGAGGGAGAACUAUCUUUUGUAACAUUGGAUGAGAUUGGGGAAGAAGAAGAUGCAGCUGCACAUCUAGCACAAGCUCUAGUCACUGUGGAUGAAGUAAUUGAUGAAGAAGAACUAAAUAUGGAAGAAAUGGUAAAAAAUUCAAAUUCACUUUUUACAUUAGAUGAAUUGAUUGACCAAGACGAUUGUAUUUCCCACAGUGAACCUAAAGAUGUUACUGUUCUGUCAGUGGCUGAAGAACAAGAUCUUCUCAAACAGGAACGCUUGGUAACUGUGGAUGAAAUUGGGGAAGUGGAAGAGCUACCUUUGAAUGAGUCAGCAGACAUAACUUUUGCCACUUUAAAUACGAAAGGAAAUGAAGGAGAUACUGUAAGGGAUUCUAUUGGUUUCAUUUCUUCUCAGAUGCCUGAAGACCCUUCUACUUUAGUUACUGUAGAUGAAAUACAAGAUGACAGCAGUGAUUUGCAUUUAGUGACUUUGGAUGAAGUAACUGAAGAGGAUGAAGACUCUCUGGCUGAUUUUAACAACCUUAAAGAAGAACUUAAUUUUGUUACUGUCGAUGAAGUUGGAGAGGAGGAGGAUGGAGAUAAUGAUUUAAAAGUUGAGUUAGCACAAAGCAAAAAUGAUGGUCCCACAGAUAAAAAAGGGAAUAGAAAGAAGAGAGCUGUGGACACAAAAAAGACAAAAUUUGAAGCCUUGUCCCAAGUGGCUCCAGUAAAUGAGAAUGUUACGGAAGAAGAUCUAAAAACCAUGAUUGAAAGACACGUAACAGCUAAAACUCCAACCAAGAGAGUUAGAAUUGGGAAAACUCUGCCAUCAGAAAAAGCUGUGGUGACAGAACCAGCAAAAGGCGAAGAGGCCUUCCAGAUGAGUGAAGUUGAUGAGGAAUCUGAAUUAAAGGAUUCAGAACCAGAGCGAAAACGCAAGAAGACUGAAGACUCUUCUUUAGGCAAAUCGGUGGCAUCUGAUGUCCCUGAAGAAUUAGACUUUCUUGUACCUAAGGCUGGAUUCUUCUGUCCAAUUUGUUCCCUCUUCUACUCAGGUGAAAAAGCAAUGACAAAUCACUGCAAGAGUACACGUCAUAAGCAAAAUACUGAGAAAUUCAUGGCCAAGCAAAGAAAGGAAAAGGAACAGAAUGAGGCUGAAGAAAGAAGCUCUAGGUGAUUGGGGGAAGGGGAAAGAAUUCACUAGAAAUUUGUUUAGGGUCCAGUUGAUUUGUGUAUUUUUGUUAUCAUUUAAUUUGUAAUUUUCGUUUCAGAAGCAAAUACUCGUGUUGUACAAAUUUCUGGUUACCCUUGAUGUAGAGAGACUGAUGGGGAAAGUAUGAUGGGUUUGAUUUUUAUAUCAAAUCAUCAGGCAUGGAGAAAUAUCUUUUAGAAGUGUUAAAAUAAAUGUUCCUACUGUAUAUUUAAAAUACCAUCUGUGUUUGUGGCUGAUUUAUUAAAGACUUCCUUGCCUCUG